UAAUAUUUCUCCAUCUAAAACAUUUGAUCUUCUGAUAUUUAGUUAAAACAUCAACUAGCAGCAUUUUACAUUCAGAUUCUCUUUUUUUUUCUUCCUAGAGAAAAGAUGGCCGCAUUUAAGUCUCUGGUAUUCAUUGCUUUGGUGGUUAUGAUUUCAGCUAUACAUCAAUCUGAGAGCAGAAUUGCAAGAAAGGAUUUGGGAGUGGAUCUAGGAGGCGGUCUAGGACUUGGGCUUGGAGUAGGCGCAGGACUAGGGUUAGGUGGGAGUGGAAGCGGCUCAGGAGCUGGAGCUGGAUCCGGUUCAGGUUCAGGUUCAGCAGGUUCUGGUUCCAGCUCUGAAUCAAGUUCCUCGUCAAGGUCUUCAAGUUCUGGAGGCUCCUCUGGUGCAGGUUCUGAAGCAGGUUCAUCAGCUGGUUCCUAUGCUGGCUCUCGGGCUGGCUCAGGCUCAGGUUCCGGUGCAGGCUCAGAAGCAGGUUCAUCUGCUGGCUCUCGAGCUAGGUCAGGCUCAGGAGGAGGCAAUUAAGCGAUGACCAUGCAGAAAUAAAAUUAAAAUAUAAUGUUGUGUUUAAAUAAAUAAAUAUAAAUACAUAUUUUGUUUCGGUGAGUGUUUAGUGUAUGAGAAAAAGGGUUAAUGAGUUGUAUGUUCUGUAUUAUUAUGUUCAUGGUGCUCUACUACCAUGUAAGAUAUAUAUUGUUGAAUAUAAGCAAUAAAUUGGAAUUGA